UUGGCCGCGUAGGGCUAGCGGCACGCGGCCAUUCGCCGUUGGCUGGUUUGACGUAGGAGCUGUUCGCCAGUUGCCAAGGAACCAGAGAGAACCAAAAUUUGUUACCUACGACCGAAACAAUAUCCAUGUCCAGAUAAUGACUGAAGAGGACGAAGUGGACUGGGAUAGUAUUGCCGAAGAGAAGAUAGGCGAGACCGCUAAGAAGCGUUCCAAGCUUGUGGCCAAGUUACGAGACGCCCUUGAAGAUGACGAAGAUUUCAAUCCUAAGACGGAAGACGAAUUCUUGCUUCGUUUUUUGCGGGCCAACUGUUUGCACGUGAAGAAAUCUGUGGUGACGGUCAAGCGAUACUACCGUAUGCGAGUGACCGAGAAAGAUCUAUUCACCAACCUCCUGCCAUCAGAGAUGGACCAGGUGUUUGCCAGCAACCUCGUCGGUGUGCUUCCCGAACGAGAUAAAAACGGGCGCUUCAUCAUGAUCAUUCGCGCCGGAGCUUGGAACCCCAGCAAGAUCAGCUUUGUCAGUGUGUUUCGUGCUAUACUGCUCUGCUUCGAGUACAUGGUAUUGAGCCCAGCAGCGCAGCUCUGCGGCGUCUCCUUUCUAUGCGACUUCGAAGGUUGGGGCUACAGCACCGCAUUCAGCAUUCCCGCCAGUCGCAUGGGGGCUCUCGCUGGCACGCUCAGUGACACCUACCCAAUACAGAAGAAGCGAGUGGAAAUCGUGAAACAGCCAUACAGCUUUAACGUCUUGUUCAAAAUGAUGACUCCUUUCAUCGACGAGAAAGGGCUCAAAAGGAUGCACAUGCAUGGGAACAAUCUGAAGGACUUGCACAAGAGGUAUUCAAAAGACAUCUUGCCCAGAGAGUACGGCGGUUCCAAGGGGCCCUACAACGCUGCCGAGUUCUACGAACUGCUCAAGGAUGCUGAACCCCAAUUCGCCGAAGAUUUUGAAUUUGGAUACAAUCCCCCCGAAUAAUCGACCUCUAUUAUACCACAAAGCGCUGCAAUCAAUAAAUUAGUUCGACUUCUCGUCGAAUAACAACUAUA